GCCUGGUAUCGCCGUUGCAGGCGCCUUCGUGCAAAGGCAGCAGAGGAGCCAGAUGCGCCGACAGAGAGCUCAGCAGAACCAGCUCCACCGGUGGCUGUGCGCUCAGCGCAGGUGACGGUGACUCUGCCUGUGGACUCCCGGGAUGCUCCGGAGCGCAA